CCAGCCAUCACCGUUUCACACCUUCUCGUGACGAAAUCCGCCCCGAAGCGAGCUGCUUUUUUACGCACCGCAAAAAGGGUAUGUCACACGCAUAUAAACCCGGUCUCCACUUCCGCUCUCCCUCUCUUCUGCCCACCACCACUGCAGCUUCUGCUGCUGCCCACGUUCGUUACUCUCUUGCUUACCAUGCGCACAGCUGCACUGCUGCUGUCCGCGGCCGCCCUGGCGCUCGCCAGCGGCCAUAACCACGGCUCCAAGCCCCAGCCCGUCGCGAUGCGCCGCCUCCCCGCGGAGGUCGAGCGCCGCGACAACGAAGGCUCCAUGUUCACGUGGUAUCCCACCGACACCGGCACCGACGCGUGCACGGGCCAGAACCACCAGGAGGGCGACUGGGUUAUCGCGAUGAACGAGGCUCAAUUCGGCAACGGCGGCUGCUGCGGACGCAAAGUGCGCCUGCAGUACAACGGCAAGACGGCCGUUGCCUCUUGCGUCGAUAUGUGCCCGUCGAGCAGCUGUCCCGACCGCGGCCAUCUCGACUUGACGAAAGGGCUAUUUUCGUACUUCGCCGAUCCUGGACAGGGCACGCUCUACGGCUCGUGGUCCUACGCCGACGGCCAGCACAGCGACCCGCCUCCUCCGCCCCCACCACCACCACCACCGCCGCCCCCACCUCCGCCACCGCCACCACCACCUCCCCCGCCUCCUCCUCCCCCGCCACCGCCACCACCCCCACCGAAACCCACUACACAUAAGCAGGAACACGUGACGACUCCACCCCCGUCUCCUCCGCCGCCGCCUAGCUCGAAGCCUGCGCCGCCGCCGUCCUCCAGUGCGCCGCCCAGCUCCGUCAAGCCGUCCAGCUCCGCGAAGCCCAGCUCGUCGUCAAAGGCACCGGCUCCGAGUGCACCCGCCCCACCUCCGCCGCCUCCUCCUGCCCCGCCCGCUAACCCACCGUCCGGUAACCCCGGCGCGGGCGGGACGGCGAACGCCGGAGCCGGCGGUGCGGCGGCCGGCGCGGAGGACGAGAACACACCGGGCAUCAACGGCGCCGCGAUCGUCGGCACCAGCGGCGCGGGCGUGGUCGCUGCGAGCAGGGCCGGCAUGGUGCUCGCGCUGAUUGCGGGUGCGGUUGUCGCGCUUUAA